GGCGGAUGGCAGGAAAGUGGACGGAUCUUCACUGUUGUGUGGUGCGCGGUGGAUGAAUGUAUCUUUUUUAUUGUGCACACGGGCAGCCAGCGGUAUCAGUUGUAGGCUAGGGUGCGGUGCGCGUUCGGGAGUCAUCAUCAGCACCAGCAGCUUCUACCUAUCUGCGACUCGAACAGCAGCAAGCAAGCGUCAAGCAAACGAAGAGUGUUUCGCUCGUCGUCGAACAAUCAUCGGUGAACCACCAGUCUGUCCAGAAGGACACACCAGGAAAGUGCUGCAUUUUUUCACACAUUUUUAGUAGUCUCGAGGAACGAGUCAUCCGGGGACAAAGUCUAAUCGCGCGUUUGUGCUUCUCUGUCCAAGGUGAAGAGGAAGAUUUUUUUUUUCGUGCUGUGCGCUGAAUCUCGGGCUACAAAGCGGAAAAGCUAAUAUUUUAAUUACCAAUUAGCACACACAGUGUUGAACAUUGCGCGGGGGAGCGGUGGCCCCUCUUGUCGUUUUCGUCGGAGUUUGGCUCAGCAGUGAGUGAAGGAAGAAGCUAGAGGUUUAGUGACGUUUAGUGUUGGGAGCUUUUGUGAUUUUGCAUCUGGUUUCAAGUGCACCGGGCAGUGAAAAUCCUUGAAUUGGCUGGGAUUUGUGGAGGAAGGAUACGCUUGUGCAAUAAGGAAAAUUUCAAUCAUCAGGCUACGAAUUGCAAUCACGAGUGUAAUAUCGAGGAAUUUUCUUUUGUGAAUUCUUCUAAAGAAGUGAUCUGUCUAGCGUCUUCAAUCUCCGGUCUGUUUCGUGUGAUUCAGUGUUUCUGUUUUUGGCGGAUUGCACUUCGCCCGAUGAAUAACAGCGCUGGAGCAGAUUGUUUCCGUCCAGUCCUACCGUCAGUGUCCUCCCACCACCAGCCGCCUCAGCAGUAACAUCAGAGUGGUGUCCCAGCAGUCGAGAAUGCCAUUAGCCAACUCGGUGGACCCAUGGAGAGAGAAAGUCCCACACAAUAUCGUCGGUAUCGAGCGCACGGCGUGUCUAACUCGAUUUCAGGUCUCCGGAUAGUUUCUUCACAGUCCCAGGACAAUGUCGAGAUGGUCGUCGAUGAAGGUUACGAGCCGCUGCACGGCCAGCAGGCGCCACAGCUCGAUCCCGGCGGGCAGCAACAGCUCCACCACAUCCAUCACCACCACCCGCAGCCGUACGGAGAACCGACCGGAGGUGGUGGCGGCGGAAGAGUCAUCGCACCGGCAGGAAUGAUGGACAUCGAAGCGAUGGACCUUGAUCCGGGCGCGGUGUCGGAUGAUGGCACACUGAAGUCGACGAGCAACGACGAGCAGGAGUUUGACAUCCGGGAUGUGGUGCGCGAAGGUCACGACAAGGCUGACCCGUCGCAGUUCGAGUUGCUCAAGGUCCUCGGCGAAGGCUCGUUCGGAAAAGUAUUUCUAGUUAGGAAAAUCGUCGGCAAGGAUGCCGGCACGCUCUAUGCAAUGAAAGUAUUAAAAAAGGCCACCCUGAAGGUGAAGGAUCGGGUUCGGAGCACCAACGAGCGCAACAUCCUCGCCGACGUGGGGCACGCAUUUAUCGUUAAGCUCCACUAUGCCUUCCAGACGCCGGGAAAGCUCUACCUGAUAUUGGACUUUCUGCGUGGGGGUGACCUGUUUACGCGGCUCAGCAAAGAGGUAAUGUUCACCGAGGAGGACGUCAAGUUCUAUCUGGCCGAGCUGGCACUGGCCCUGAAUCACCUGCACAGUCUGGGAAUCAUCUAUCGGGAUCUGAAGCCGGAGAAUAUACUGCUGGAUCAGGACGGCCACAUAGCAUUAACGGAUUUCGGGUUGUCCAAGCAGCCGCUGGACGGUUCCAAAACAUACAGUUUUUGUGGCACCGUAGAAUACAUGGCGCCGGAAGUGGUCAAUCGCAAGGGGCACACAUUCGCGGCCGAUUGGUGGUCGUUUGGAGUCUUGAUGUUCGAGAUGCUGACCGGCAAUCUGCCCUUCCACGGAAGCAACCGGAACGACACCAUGAAUCAGAUUCUGAAAACCAAGCUCGGUAUGCCGGAGAAUCUGAGUCCGGAGGCGCAGAGUUUGCUGCGUGCUCUGUUCAAGCGGAAUCCCCAGAACCGGUUAGGGGUGGGUCCGAACGGGAUCGAUGACAUCAAGCGGCACGAGUUUUUCGCCAACGUCGACUGGGACGCGUUCGAGCGCAAGGAGGUUCGGCCGCCCUUCAUUCCGGCCGUGUCGCGGGACGAUGCGUUCUACUUCGACUCCGAGUACACCAACAAGUCGCCAAAUUGUUUCAGGGAUUCGCCGGGUGGUCCGGUUAGUGCCAGUGCCCACGAAAUCUUCCGUGGAUUUAGCUUUAUAGCGCCGGGAUUGUUGGGCGACGAUACGCCGAACUUUGCCAAUGGAACCGGUAGUUUGAUGAAUCAGCAACCGACGUCGAGGUCACCGUUCUCAAACGAAAUACCUGGCGUUAAACCGGGAGCGUUCGGGGAUGAAUACACACUGAUGCAGGAGCUUGGCCGAGGAACGUUUUCCAUAUGCCGGUUGUGUGAAAAUCGAACUACGAAGAAGCAUUACGCUGUUAAGAUAAUCGACAAAUCCAGCCAUGACUGCAGAGAAGAAGUGGAAAUCCUCUUGCGGUAUGGCAAUCAUCCAAACAUUGUAUCUCUGUUUGGUGUCCACGAGGAUACCUCGUACGUCUACCUAGUGAUGGAGCUUUUGAAGGGUGGAGAGUUGCUAGACCGCAUUCUUGCUAUCCAGUACAUGAGCGAGGUGGAAGCAAGUGCGGUUCUUAAAACGGUAGUGUCCGCCGUAGCAUAUCUACAUGAGCAUGGAGUAGUUCAUCGAGACCUGAAACCAUCGAAUUUGCUGUACGCAACGGUUAAUCAUACGCCGGAGUCGUUGAAGUUGUGCGAUUUAGGUUUUGCCAAACAGCUGCGAGCCGAUAACGGAUUGCUGAUGACCCCUUGCUACACGGCGAACUUUGUGGCGCCGGAAGUGUUGAAGAAGCAGGGUUACGAUUUGGCUUGUGAUAUUUGGUCGCUGGGAGUUCUGCUGUACAUUAUGCUUGAUGGCAAAACGCCAUUUGCCAGCACACCGAACGAUUCGCCGGACAUGAUUCUGGCAAGGAUAGGUUCCGGUCGGGUGGAUCUGGAGACUGGGAAAUGGCCCGGCAUAUCGCAAGAGGUGAAGGACCUACUGCGGGAGAUGUUGCACAUUGUGCCGCACCGGAGACCGACUGCGGCGCAGAUUCUACGGCAUCCCUGGCUGUCCCGUUCCCGGUUAUUCUACAGCCAAUCAGCCGGAAUGCAAAGCCUAGCUCAGCAAACCGUACUGGGAGCAACGUUGAGCGCGGUUGCACCUUCCGCCGACUACACGGGUGGAACGCCGGAGAAUACGGAAGCCAUCAAGGGGGCCGUGCAUGCCACGUUCCGAGCGAUUUCCUCCCCACAGGCUGCCAAUCUGGGCCCGGUUGGAAUGUCCGAUCUCGCACGGCGGAGAAAGGACAAGAUGAAUCAUUCGUAAUUGUGGUCGUACUUGGAGGACGGUCGUUUAUGUGUGAGUGUUUGUGAGGAUGUCCAGCAGCGGUAGUCGUAAUUCGACGGUGGACGGAUGUGUGUUUGUUCCGUGUACCCCGAUCAGUAGCGCAGCAUGAGAGCGCCUGGUUCGUAGCUCUUUGGGGGUUGUUUCUAUUGUGCCACACCACAUGCUGCGGACAGUGGAUGUCCAGUGGUCUGUUAAAUGGGUAUGAAAAGUGUGUGAUAGUGUGAUCUAUAGCUUCCAUUUCGGGCAGGAUGGCAGAUUCGUUCGAUAACGAAAGAUGUUGAAAAUGUUUUACUAAUCUAACAACUAAUUGUGUACAAAAACUAUGAAUCGGUAAACAGUUUUAUAGAUGGUCAAUAAUUUUAGUUCAAAUUAGGUAAUGCUAUAUUUACUGCAAAUUGUGUAGAUCAAAAUAUAGAUAUUCUUUUAAAUUUCUUAUAUGCUUCUUAUGAUGAAUACUGGCAGACGUUGGUUAGAAAUUUUUUUUUUCUUGUAAAGCAAACACAUUGACUGGUAUACCAAACUUUCCUUAUACCUUUAUGGCAUCGUGCAAAUAAUUUUGUUUUUAUCUUUCAAUGAGAUUUUCAUUCUUGGGCUAGUUCAUUUCGGGACUUGAGAUUUUAGUUCCGUUACGAAGAAAGAAUUUACAUUUUAAAAAUUUAUACAGGGGUCACAUCUGGUGCGUUACAUUUACUCCGGUUAGAAUUCCGACAAAUAUUCUCAACUGCUUAAAUAUCUCACUUUUGGAUCCCAUUUAACUCAGUCACCUUCAUACCAAUUGAUCAAUGUUUGUGCAAAGGGAAAGAGAGAUUUUUUAAAAAGUUUUUUUUGAUUAUGUUUUUCAGUGGAUACAAAGAUAGACAUCUAUUGAUGAGUUCGAUCCAUAUUAUUGUUUUGCUGAUUUUUGUACUCUACCCGAUACUGCGGUCAUCUCACCGCGUACAAACAGAUCUUUUGGUACAGAAUUGACAGAGUUUAUAGCGAAAAUGCCCAAUAUAAGACACCAUAUUCAACGCACACCAUAUUCUACAAAUUUUGAAAGUUUCUUAACGUCAAGUGUCGGCCCAAGUUUCAACAGCCAUUCUUGUUUCGGUUUUUAUUUUUUUUAUUCAUUUUCACAUUUCCAAAAAUGCGAUAGGAAUUGUUGACAGAAUUUUUGUUUCCGUUACUUAGAAUAUUCAAUUACAGGUAUAAUUGUUUGUCUUAUUUUGUUUCUUAUCUUGAGCCAAAACAGCUCGAACCAUUUAUACUACAUGUGGGGCGUAUGUAUAUCUGGAUCUUUGUAACAAAUUAGCACUCUAAAUUGAUGAUAAUAUAUAGCAGGAUUGUUCAAAUACACGGUGAAAUUGUAGCAUAAUCUGUCGAAAUUUUUGUAUCAGAAAUCACUAUACUACGCCUACGCGCACUGUUACGACAUUAUUAUUGAAAUGCUUUUGGAUGUAAACCGCUCUGUCGCUUUGAUUAAUCAUACAUAUUUAUUAGGAACAAGUGAAACAGAAUAUCAUACACUAUUGAGAUGUGAAUCAAAUCACGUCUAACGGUAAACUAUCACACACUUCACUAUUGGAAAACAAUACGGAAAGUUCAAUUAGUCUUUUGUAAGUAUAGAACAUUUUCAAAUUAGCUUAUUCUUUAUACACGGAAUGCUACUGUUGACAGUUACUUCAAACUUGCAAACUGUCUACAAGACACGAGUUUAUCAUCAAUCUUUGAAACAAACCAUUUGAGAAAUUUCAGCUAAACACAAAAUAUACGGAGAAGAAAAACACAAAGCAAGUUUAACUAAAACAUAUAGACAAAACAGAAUUUAAUAUAUUUACAAUAAUAACUGUGCCAUACACUGCGUAAAAGACACUCACAGAAGUAAAGAGUAAACUAACUCGGGCAAAGCCACUUACAAAAGAAUACAACCACAGACUAAGAAGGGAGAAACAUUUCCUGAAACUAGAUGAUUUUGGUGUGUUUGGACGACUACUAUUACCUACUACAUAUGUACUACUACAUAUUUGGAUUUGAACGUGAGUGUGACACACAACGCAUUCGUUGGAGAAAACGUACACGAAGAGAUGACGUCAUGUGAUAAACGUAGCGGUUUUGUUAGAUGUCCCCCUGUGAGGAUUUUUACUCUAACGUUCAAUUAUAUAUGGCGAACCGAAGGACAUACAAAUUCACGGUAUUAUUUAAUCUUUAUCUGCUCUGUGCCGUAGUCGAGACAUUUGUUUUGACAAACUUUUAUAAGAUGUAAAGCUUUAUUACGUUGUUUUAGCUUAUGAUUUAGCUAUUGUUAUGAUCUUAAAGAUACACCAAGUUUUAAUCAGUUUAUUCCAGUGACAUAUUCAAUCAUUUUUGAUCAAUGUGUAAGCAACCCAUUAUGGUCAUAUUGUUAUCUAGUAACGUUGUACUUGGGACUUUCUUUAUUAACACAUAAUAUUAUCUUCGAUCGGUAUGGAGAUGAAGUAAGGUAGAAUAUUUCUGAUUGUAGUACGGAUACGUUUUGAAUCACAGGCAAACUACUAAUAUUCUAUGAAAAUAAGUUAUUUGACUAUUGAUGAUAAAUGAAAGAAUAACAAAAUUAUACAUUAAUCUA